AUGGAUUGGUUGCUGCUGGUGUUGCUUGGCCAUUUUUUCCUUCCCCCUAAACGCCCUCGGAACUGGCAGAGAACGCCCGCGAUGCAGACGGAUGAGAACGGAAAGGCACUGUGCGGUUCGGAAUCAGGAUCGAGAACUGGCCUUGGUUCGAGUCAUCUGGUGCCUGCGACCCCAACAGGAAUCUUGCCGCCAUGGGGCUGGCUGCAUGGGCCGACAGUGGCACCGAAGCAGGAGCAAAAACAGGACCCCGGGCGUCAAGUCGAGUCGUACGGAGUCACGGACAUGGAGGGCAGGCUGAGAGAGAUGGGAUUGAUGGAUGCGUAA